AUUGGAGCCAGUUGUGAAUUUUCUUUUCUAUUGCUAGGCUAUCCAGACUGAGCGCAUCAGUGUGUAAUUUGGCGCUAGUAGACCUGCAGCCCUGCAAGGAGUCUCCCUCCUCCCCUCACUGUCUCUGGGUGUCUCCCCAGUUGAAAGUCUGCACUUAUCGCCCAGGUGUGACAUUUUUGGAGUGCCUCAUUGGAACCGCAACCUGCUGAGAAGAUGACGGACUCUACAUUGCCGGACUCCACCGCCGUCCCGGACCAGGUUGUAGUAGACCCCACGGCGUUGAACGGGCAGUGCGAGGAGACGGGCUCCCAGCAGCAUCAGCAGCAGCCCAACACAGAAAGCCAGGGAGAGGGUUUCAAGAUGGACCAGGAGAUGAAGAUAACAGACAGCAUAGAGGACGGAGGUCUUCUGGAAAGCAGCAUGCGUCUGAAGCCUCAUGAAGCACAGAGCUACCGAAAGAAAGCUCUGUGGGUGUCUUGGGUGUCCAUAGUGAUCACAAUCAUCCUGGCCAUCGCUGCUUUCACUGUUUCCAUCAUGCGCCACAGUGCUUCAGCUUUUGGAUUUGCUUUUGAUGCCACGCUGGAUGUGUUGUCCUCUGUCAUUGUACUGUGGCGGUACAGCAACGCUGCAGCCGUCCACUCAGCACACCGCGAAUACAUAGCCUGUGUUAUCCUGGGCGUGAUUUUCAUCCUGUCCUCCUUGUGCAUUAUGGGUAAGGCCAUCCAUGACCUGGCCACCAAGCUGCUACCUGAAGUGGAUGACUUCCUGUUCAGCGUGUCUAUCGUCAGCGGCUUGGUGUGCAUCACCCUGGCUGUGAUCAAGUUUAUGCUUGGCAAAGUGCUCACGAGCCGGGCCCUCGUCACCGAUGGAUUCAAUUCCCUGGUGGGGGGAGUCAUGGGGUUCUCCAUCCUCAUCAGUGCUGAAGUGUUCAAGCAUGAACCCCAGGUGUGGUACCUGGACGGGACAAUAGGUGUCCUCAUGGGUCUUAUCAUCCUCGCUUAUGGGGUCAAGCUGCUGCUCGACAUGGUCCCACGGGUCCGACAAACCAGGAACUACGAGCGUUUUGAGUGACGGACCACUGAGGAAAGAAAGAGGGAGAAGACAAGGGUUUGAGAGGGAUGGAAAGGGGGCUGAUAGACUGACUGACAGGAGAGGGACAGGGGUUACAGUUCCCACAGUCUCAGACGAUCACAUUCAUUCCCAAAGGUGCCGGCGGAGGCUUCAGUGUCUGUACAGUCCUCCCAUUCAAAGAUUUGAACUGUGUAUCCAGGCUGAUGAUGGCAGUGCGGGUGGAUACAAUUAUUGGCGCCUUUUAAGUGUGUUACAAUUUGGUGUACAUAUUAUAUAUUUAUCUGUCUUUUAACAGUGAAUGGGGCAGUCUGUUCUUUCAUGCCUCUAUAUUUAAACAAGAGGGUUAAAAAGAUAAAGGGGGUUAAUUGUGAAAGGGAGUUAAACUAACUUAAAAAAGUUUUUGACUCAGUUGUAGUAGAGACUGAGACGAGCUUGGACUGCAGCGUGCAGGAGACAUAUGGACCCAGAGAGUCCAUAACUCCUUAGAAGCAACAGAUUUUUGUACAGCAAGUUGAUGUACAGUACCUCAGUUACACCUCAUCGCCCUGUCAAAACGCAGCAGUUUAUUUUUUCCCAUGGUUGCCAGAGGCCUUUGCUCAGCUGUGCUAUAAAAUGUUGCAGUGUGGCAGGUCACACUGAUUGAUGUAGCUGAUGUAGCAGUGCAGUAUUAAUGGUGUUUUACCUUUUAUAUGACCAGAGAGGAUAUGUCAAUACAAGGCCCAUUUGGCAUUGGGAGCAGGUAUAUAAGCACACACACACACACACACACACACACACACACACACACACACACACACACAAACACAAAGGAUCAGUAACAUGUGAGUUGCUGUUUGCAAUAUUUAUCUAGACUGUUGUGGCGGGAGCAGAAGCCUGGAGUGGGCACAGUUUCAGCAACCUAAUGCCAGUGCCCGCUUACAGUCCUGGAGGAUAAAAAUCCUGUUUUUGGCCUCCAUUCACUUAGAGAGUCAUGACCUGGCUCGGCAUCCAAUUCACUGAACAUGUAAUAGAAGGAAAAUAGCAAAAGCUAGCUCAGCUACUGAGCUCCAGCUAUUUUCCUUCUCCUUGUGAAAGCUUGAUUAGAGCAGCUUUAAGGUUAUGCGAAAUAUUUUUGAUUUAAACCAAAUUUGUCUUAAAGGUUUGCACUAAGCAAUGUGGACUGAUGUGUAAACUUUUUAACUUAAAAGUUAAAAAAAAAAGUUGUUCAUUUCAUUUGUUAGAGAACAUUUUUAACAUAAAUGUUGCCAUUUGAUGCAUUGUACCCGAGUUAGCCUUAGGCUAAUUUAGAUCUGCAGUCCAUAGGAAAGGAGGAAGAGGAAAGGCAAUCAAUUGUGUGUAUAUACCCUUAUUUCACAUUACACAACAACUAGAUGAGCAAGACAGAAGGAAAUCAGCAUUACAGUGACUGUGAAAGAAAGAAAAGGAGAGAGAGAGCUGGUAAGGAAGGAACAGAAAGGAGUGAUUGUGAUAGACGUGGAGUAAAAAGGGGCAAGCAGACAGGUUGAACACGCUGCACAAAUCAUGGCUUAAGGUUGCCACCUUUUUUGUUUUUGAAGUUAAAGUGACAAACCCAAGAAUAUCAUUUGUACAUGCACAACUUGCACCAUCUACUGACCAGAAGAGGUACCUUAAGACAAAGCUCUGCACCCAGUCUUAAGACACUUUAGGUCAAAGAAAAGCUUUUUAAAUCAUAAGACAAAAGAAAAAGUUUAUUCCUGCACACUGUCAGCACUCAUAAAAGAUACAACUUUUUGGUCAUGGAUCAUCAUCAGGCUUCAAAUUUACAAUAUCAAACAACAACUUUAUACUAAAGUAAAAGGCUGCAAGAGCCAAUACAGGAGCUAGAUCUCAAACAGCUGUGAGAGUUACAACAUCAAUAAAUAAAAACAUCCUUAAAAUUAGACAAACAAUAUAUGUCAAGAUCUACAGAAUCCUAAUAAAAUAAUAACCCGUCAAAUUAAGGAUGACAAGGUAAUUAUCUUGUAAUGUUUAUGUCCUCUUUAUCUCCAACGCUGAGGUAAAGUGACGUAGAAAGCACCAGUAGAGCUUCUGCGUGAUGACACCAUUUUGUAAACAGCCAUAUUGAGAAAUCCAGAGAGUUUUGUGGAGCUGAUAGUUAGCUUUUAUCAACUCAUUUUGCAAUGACUGAAAUGUAAAGGACGUUCAUUAAUAUAGGUUAGUUGUGCACUAUAGCUUUAAGCUUAAUUUAAUGAAUAAUGUUUAGGGAGGGAGCAUCACACAAGGUUUCAGUGAUUUCAUAUCUAUUUGUCUUUGGAAGCUGAAAGGGCUGCAGCUUUUCUUUUUUUAACAACCAAUGGGUUGUUUUCAUUUAAGCCUGACCAGGAACCGGAAAGACACCAUGGUCUGGUUCCAGGGCAUAAGUACUCCCCAUAGUUCAAUCCUGGUCUUCAUAUACUGUAGAUAUACAGUAUAUGAGGAUAUAUACCAGGAUUGACAUUAGUUAUUGGAAUCUGUUUGAGUUUGGAAGCUUGGCCUUUGUGGUCUUUCCUUGUUUCCAGCAUGGCACAUGUCCCAGCACAUAUUUAGGAUUUGGUUCUUGGGUUUGUAACCUAGUAUGGCUAGUGUCAUAAAACUAGUUUGGUUCCUUUCCUCUUGUCUUGAUAUCUGAUGAAGGACCAUGACCCAAAAGUAUCCUUAAUGAGCUGACAGUAUGCAGAAAGGUUUCAGUAUUAAAUAGUUUAUAUUUCAAUUUAAUAUCAUACUGUGAAUGCUUCCACUUUCCAGCUAUUUCAGUACUGAUGGUUAGUUAUUGAUAGGAGACGUUGGUCUUCUGCAGAGCUACUCAGACUGACUGGGAAACAAGAUGCAGGAAUCCACUACCAGAGUGUCGCCAAACUGUUCUGAAGUGUACACUGAAAUUGGAUGUCUGUUAAACGUUGCUUUGGUUUUGUCCCUUUUACUGUUUUUGUACGUGAUGCCUGGUGGUUGUUACCACUGCUGGCUCCCCAUCAAUGAAACUGGUUCCAACACACACACUGCAGUGAUGGUUUUGGACAACAGACAAGUCAACAUUGAUCUUGAUAUCGUGUCAACAGUCAAUAUGUGUCCUCUCUUAUCUGGAACGGCUGUUUGUUUUGGUAUUUAUAAGGGAACUCUUUAUUUUUCUGGUGAAUUAUGUUGACUUGUGGAGUAAUAACAUAAGUAAUGUGGAUUGAUGUUAAUCAUUUACUAAAGACCUUUUUACACAAGAUUUUGACUUGUCUGGUGUUCAUAGAUCCUAAACUUGUCUUAAAUGCACCAUCAACUCAACUCUUUGCCCCACUAUGGCUGCCAGUCGGAGUGGCCAAUUUUUCUGUUCUAAUGGUGUUUGCUUUUACCUUGAAAUGUUGAUGUGAAAUGGAAAAGCACAAAAUAGAGUUUAGUGAAGCACAGUGGCUACUGAACCGCACCCAGGCAUUGAGAAGGAGGUUGUUAUUUACUAAAGUAUGUCAUCAAUUUAGAAUAACACCUGGAAAUCACCUACCAAACUUAAAAUGGUUUUUCCAUCCCAUCUGUGCUCCUUCUUAACUCCAAAACCUUAAUCUUACUGCUCAGUGUUCGGUGCAAAAUGUGAAUUUAAUUGUCAGGUGGAUUUUCAGCUGUUUGAUUGUCAUAGGUUUCAGGAGCAGGAGAGAGGAGGUGUUAAUUUUUCGGAGUUGACUCAAACUGAACGUACACUCUGUGCUGUGAGACUAGUUUGUACGGUGCCCAAAAGUGCUUCAGUGUUGAUUCACAUUUAAGGACCUUUAUUUGAAUACAAAAGUGGUAUUUAGGUUACAAGAGUCAUCGGUUUAUGGAGUUCUAUUUGUGAUUAAAAUGUCUACGAGGCCCAAAUUUAACUCCAUGUGUGUUCAAUAUUGUAUGACUUGUUAGACAUGCGUAUCUGCUCACACUGUGGGGCUCUCUUGUGCCGAUGUAAAUACUGAAUCUGUAUCGCUGUGAUGUAAAACAAAUAUUAAACCAGAGUCUGAGCCUUU